AUGGUUGACAAGACCUCAGGCAAGGAGAAGCGUGUCUUCGAGGGUGGUGCCAUGUUGCUCUACCUGACCGACAAGUACGACAAGGACAACAAAAUUAGCUUCGACCACGACAGUGAUGAGUACUGGGAGACCGUUGAGUGGAUCGUCUGGAUGCAAUCUGGUCUUGGACCCAUGCAGGGACAAGCAAAUCACUUCUACAGAUACGCACCAGAGAAGAUUGAGUACGGUAUCAACCGCUACCAGACCGAGACUAAGCGCCUAUACCAAGUCUUGAACGACCGUCUCGCCGAACAGGAAAAGGCAGGCCAAGGUCUCUGGCUCGUUGGAAACAAGUUCACCAUUGCAGACAUUGCCUGCUUCUCAUGGGUCAACUGGGGUGCUUGGGCUGGUAUUGAGACCAAGCCUUUCCCCAAAAUCGAGAGAUGGUUGGACGCCAUCAACGCCCGCCCUGCUGUGCAAAAGGGAGUCAAUAUUCCCGACGAGUUCAAGUUGAAGGAAAUCAUGAGCUCCAAGGAGAAGUCUGAGGAGCACGCCAAGAAGGCAAGUGCUUGGGUCAUGAAGGGUCAGGAGGAGGAUCAGAAGAAGCAUGCCUGA